ACUCUGAUUGGCUGCUGCCGAGCCGCAGCUUCCUGCUUUUCGAGUCUCUCUGCAAUUGCAGCGCCUUCCUGGCGAGGGGUCCUCGAGGCGUCUGCAGGCAUACCGCACGAAGACCUGCGCCAGGCAUGGGCCAUUCCAUUCUGCAGGUCCCAAGGACAUGCCAAAUUAACUGGCGACUUACUGUAUUAUUACAUUAUUGCAGUCAGGGUGACUCAUCCGCUGGCAGGGCCGUGGUCUACUGCUUCCGUUCCGGGUGAUUGUGGAUUAUCUGCCAGAAUGCUCUUUCCCUUUUUGCGACCCCGACCUUACAGGCCCUGCACACAAUAUUCAGUUCUCUGGCCGCCCCACCCGCGAUUAUGA